AUGAUCGUAGCCAAGUUGUACGAUCCGCAUUACGGAGGCGCAAGCGGCACCACGGCGGCAGUCUUCCACGCGGAGGUGCAGUACAUGCGCGAGAGCGCCGCGUACCGGCACGCGGCCGUUCACCACGUCCAACAUCUCGCGCCGCAUUACUACGGCUCGUGGUCCACGUGCAUUGAGUCCGAGGAGUGGCCCGUGCCGUCGCGCGACGUGCGCCUCAUCUUGACCGGCUACGUCAACGGCAAGGACAUGACCUGCCUUUCGCCUCGCCAGUUCUCCCAGAUGGAGCGCAAGGCGAUCAUGCGCCAGAUCUUGACCGCCGAGUCGCGCUUCUACGCCUGCGACCUCUGUCACAACGACCUGUUCCCACGCAACGUCCUCAUCACGGCCCCUUCGGCGCGCCUCGGGUCAUCCGGUCCGCCGCGCAUCGUGAUCAUUGACUUCGGCCUGGCGACUAUCGGCCGCUCGUCCGCUGAUGUCUAUAGCGCCGACGACCCCUACCUUCUCUCCGAGCGCUACAUCAGUCCCAUCCUGCGCUGGUGGCGUAGCCUCGGCGAAACUAACAUCUGGGGUCGCUGGGUCGAUUGGGACUGGAACCAGUGGCUGACCGAGACGUUCGCCGCUGAUAAGCCGGAUAUCACCCCUGAGAUGCUCAAAUGGCUGCACCCGCAUGAAAGGAACCAUAGUUUCUUUCUCGAGGUGCUUGAGCGGAAUCGAGUGUGUUCAUGGUGA